ACAUACAUAUACUCUCUCCCUCGGGUGUUCUGUAAACGCUGAAACCCAACCCAUCUAUCGGAUGUCCGCGCUCAUUCUCAAUGUAGACGCCAUGCCGAGCAUAGCACGCGGUACGAUUAACGCGAAUUUCAAUUAAUUAUUAUUGUUUUUACCAUAUAAUGUAAUUGCAAUUAAGUAUUAAUUGAUUUUAAAGUAACAGUGUUUUGGGAAUAGUUUGUGCCUUCCAAAGAGUGUUCACUAGCAGAAAUAGUGCGCGGUUAAAAAGCCGUUAGUGUACCUCCAUUUUGAAAAACGGUAAUGAUGUUUUAAGUGAUUUGUACAAUUUUCUAAAUUCUGUGGUUUAAGGAAAGUGGUUUUUCGGAAGUACCCCUUUUGUACUGAAAGUUACAAAGGGUUUUUAGUUUCUAGCAGAGGAUUUGCUAUAUAUACGUUCUGCAUACUGUUUGCUGCAUUGCUCGUAGUAAAUAGCAACUAAGCUUCAAAUUAUUGCUUUGCAAAUGAAGUCUGCAUUAAUAUUGAAUCCGAAUUUAGCCAAAUAUUCCGAAUAAUAGUUCUUGGAUGUCCGCUAAUAUGAGAGAGAAAUUCGCAAACUUUUCCGGAAGGUUAGUCCUAUUUGCCAAUUUGUUCUUUUCGUUCCGUUACUAAGCGAAACUCUUUUAGUGUUUUCCAAAACAUAUUUGUCAUUUGAACCAAAUUUCGUAUCUUUUCAAUUAGUAACUUUAUCUUUCCGUUAAAAUAAAGAAGCAUCUUGAAUGUUUGUUAACCAUUUAGUGAGUUGUUAAUCUUUUGCUUUUCUUACCUGUGGUUAACUUUCGUACACUUUACUAUUCUUGGUUACAAUUCUUAGUUACAAUUUGUACCCUUGGUUAAAAUUCUCUUCCCUGGGACCCCUUCGCUCCAUCUGGAUCAAAAAUGACGACAAUGGGAGUAACAGUCUUCUGCAACAGAGUCCAAAUACCAAACAGCGAUCGCGAACAAAUGAUGUUGCUGCGCACACUACAGGACAAUGAGAGCAACAUUCUCGGCAAUUCUCGUCAACAAAUAAUAGCGCCAAAAAGUGUCCUAGUGUCAAAUCAAAGUGUCCCAUUAGUAAAUGCAAAUCCAACCAGUGCUAUAAGUGUCCAGCAGCAAGUGACUGUUCUACCUGCGUACGAUUCGACAAGACUCAAGAAACACGGUAAGAAUGGUCAACCGCCACCGAUGGCAGUUGCUAGACGCAAUGCCAGGGAGAGGAACCGAGUGAAGCAGGUUAAUGACGGUUUCACUAAACUUAGAUCCUACAUACCCAAUCAUGUAGCCGCCGGCUAUGGCGAUCGGGGGAAAAAACUCUCAAAAGUCGAAACACUCCGAAUGGCUGUGGAGUACAUUAGGGGUCUGAAGAAAUUGUUGUCCGAAGCUGAUGGGGUGGAUUAUGAUUUUAGUAGUGUUGUUGAUCAGGGAAUUGCUACACCAUCACCUAGUGGGAGUGUACUUUCGAGUAGUACGCACAAUGGUUCGGGGGAGAGAUUGUCCUUGGAGGAUGAGGUACCCCAACCGGAAGAGGAGGAUGGGGAUUAUCUUCUUGAGGAGGAGGAUGAUGAUGACGAACGACGUGGGCAGAGGAAUUCCCUAGCUAUCAGAUUAUCACCAAAUCUCCGAACUGCCACCACAACAGCAAAGAGAAAACGAACUUCCCUUAGUGACUACUAUGGACAAACCAUUGGCGACGAGGAAAAUGUGGAACCAAACGAAUCACGAGGGACGUACGCACGUUUUUCGCCAACAUCAGUGGCGUCGCCAGUAGUGGUGAAAAAUGAAUUUUGCCCGGUUCAAAAUGAGGAGAAUCUGCAAACCAGAGUCAUUCUCUCGCCAUACAGUGGGAGUACCGAGAUUGUUGAGGUCCUUCAUCCGGAAGACGAGGCGGGAACAACGGUUAUCUAUACCACAAGUCCCGAACCAUUUUCGGGCGCUUUGUACUAUAAGCAUGAACCUUCCGAGUCUGGCGAAUUUAUGGACGUCGUCAGCUGGUGGGAACAGGAACAGGGACGACUGGUUCACCAUACUCAAACUCACGCUCAACGACUGACGCACGUCUAACCGCACAUACGAUAUUAUUCUUCCUCAAGGAGAUAGAGAUGAGAAGGUGGGGGGAAAAUAUCCAAAGCGUCUGUAAUUUGUAAAUUGUAAAUUAUUUAAUUUAAUUUAAAAUUCAUUGACACAAUAAUUAAUUUAUAUUAUACUUGUAAUAUUUAUUUAUUAAAUUUUUUUAUAUUUUGAUUUUUAAGAAAAAAAUUAGACGAUGAAAUCGAAUGUGCAUGCGAUAUGAAUGUAAAGAAAAUGUAAUAAGUAUAAUUUAAAACAGUAUUUCAUAAGACUUUCAGUGUGAUAAAAAAGAAGGAUUGACAA